AUGUCCAAGAUAUUUGUUGUCUUCGGUGCAACAGGCAACCAAGGAGGUUCGGUCAUCGAUUCGAUCCUGUCCGACCCGGAACUUUCGCGGGAUUUCAGGAUUCGAGGUGUCACGCGCAAUCCAGAUAGUGCGAGAGCUACGAACUUGAAGGGCAAGGGCGUCGAAAUGGUUGCGGCAGAUCUAUCAAACCCUACCUCUCUGGCCCGCGCGUUAGAAAAGGCCCAUACCGUCUUUCUCGUCACCAACUUCUGGGAAUAUCUUGAUCGUGAUGUGGAGACCACCCAAGGCAAGAAUGUUGCAAACGCAUGUUCGUCCACCGGCGUGCAGCAUCUCAUUUGUUCAACCGCGGUCAACGUGACGGAAGCGAGCCAGGGUCGACUGACCCACGUCAAGCACUUCGACAGCAAGGCCGAUAUUGAACAGUACGUGCGCGAAAAACAACUUCCAGCGACGUUUGUACAUACGGGUUUCUACAUGUCGAAUGCCUUUACCCAGUCGAUCAUCCGGAAACAACCUGCCAACACGUAUGUGUUGGCAAUUCCUGUCGGCAAUGAGGCAGUCUUGCCGAUGUUUGAUGCCGCUGCGGAUACCGGGAAAUUUGUCAAGGUAGCCAUUAAAAACCGCCCUGCUAUGCUCGGCAGACAGAUCUUCGCAUGCGCCGGUUAUUAUCGUCCUUCGCAACUCGCACAGGAGUUUGCAGAGGUUAUGGGUAAACAUACUGAGUUAGUGCGGUUGACUGAAGAAGAGUACAAAGCCUAUGUUAUACCUUCCAGUUUCGGUCAAGAAGCCUAUGAAACAUAUCUCCUUAUGGUGGAUCCUGGCUACUAUGUUGGCAAGGGACUGGGGGAGAGCCUCGAGUUAUUAGAUGAGAAGCCUACAUCCUGGAAAGAGUUUGUGCAUAAGAACAAACACAAAUUCGCAUAG